CAAAUAACAUCAUUUUGACAUUCCGUUCGACAGAAGACGAUUUUUGCGACUUCAAAAGUUAUCUCUGCAGUUUGCAGUUUUCGCGUUAAAGUUUUCUUGCUGAGUCGGUCGGCAUCUUCCUACUAUACGUACAUAUUGAAUCGAACCGCCAAAUACCUCAAGUUGUGAAAAUUUAUAACGUCCAAUUAGCCCGGUAGCUUUUUGUGUGCCCAGACUAGGAAUUAAUGCGAAUUACGUGCGAAAGGAAAACGCGACGGUCGUGUGACAUCCCCCAAUAAUUCAGGCUCGACAGUGUAAUUGUGGCUCGGCGAAGGCGCACCAAAAUAUAUACACAAGAGUAAUUACGGGAGAGGAGUGAUUUUCCGCCCUUGUGGGAAAAAAUAGUUUUUCGAACGCAAUCGGCUGCCAGCAAAAUUGUUUUGCCAGUUCCCAAGUUUGUGCCGUGUGACGAAUCGUCGUCGUGUUAUUUACAGAAAAGCGCGAAUUACAUUCACGUCUAGCGCAGAAAAUAAUGUGAAAAGACGGGAAUUGCAUUGUUCCUUCGUUUCGAAUUCGGUACAUGUGAACGUCGUCAUAACCGCAGUUCCCCCGAGCGGCAGAAAAUGAUUGCAAACUUUCUGGUAAACAAAUCGCAAAUCAAUUUCGAUUUUGCUGAAUAAAUUAUAACGAGCGGUGUGUCUGGUCCAGACGGGCGUAAUCUGUUUUUGUCACCGAUUCGCAGAGCGGAAAGCUUACAACUGGCAAAUAUUCCACCUGGCUCUCGGGGCUCGAAAAUUCAGACGACCAACCAUCAAUUCAUAUUCCUGAACUGGCUGGAACCCGGGGAAACCAUAUUAGUUACUUGCAAUCAAGAACUCUGAAGAGUAAUGUGGAAAAACAAUGUCGAUGUGAACUUGCGUAAACACGUACAAUAAGAAUGCGUUUGAAUACCACGUACCUGAUGAAAUUGCUGAUUUAGUGACGAAUGACCGACCAUCAGAAAGUAAAACGAUGUAGAAAAUUGCUCCGACAAUUAGUCCAUGAACUGUGUGUUAUGUUCUAGUUGUUUAUUCAACUCAUAAUUGUGUUGCAAGUAGCAAAAAAUGAGUGCAAGAAUACUGAAUGAGUUGAAAACUGGGAAACCUUGAGAAAAGUCGUCUGCUUCUUACAUCAUUUUCGUGACACAAAAUACUACGAAAACAAUCAGAGAAUGGCUAAGGACUAUGAUUAUCUCUUGAAAGUACUUUUAGUCGGUGACAGUGACGUUGGAAAACAUGAAAUUCUCUCUGGCCUAGAGGACGGGUCAUCUGAAAGUCCAUUUUGCAGCGGCAGUGCAUAUAAAACAACCACGAUACUGUUGGACGGUAAACGUGUUAAGCUGCAGCUGUGGGACACAUCGGGACAGGGGAGAUUCUGCACGAUAAUACGUUCAUAUUCACGUGGUGCCCAAGGAAUUAUACUUGUAUACGACAUAACAAACAAAUGGAGUUUCGAUGGAAUUGAUCGCUGGCUGAAGGAAGUUGAUGAGCAUGCACCAGGGAUACCCAAAGUAUUAGUUGGCAACCGCCUGCAUCUAGCAUUUAAAAGACAAGUAGCUGCUAAGCAAGCUGAGCUCUAUGCUUACCGGAAUAAUAUGGCUUGCUUUGAAAUUUCACCGUUAUGUGACUUUAAUAUUAGAGAAUCGUUUUGUGAAUUAGCACGAAUGGCAUUGCAUAGGAACGGUAUGGAAAGGAUUUGGAGAAGUAAUAAAGUGUUGACACUGCAGGAGCUUUGCUGUCGAACAAUAGUACGCCGUACAAGUGUUUACGCAAUCGAUUCAUUACCUCUGCCGCCAUCCGUCAAGUCCAACUUGAAGUCCUACGCAUUGACCUCGUCGCAAUGUUUCAAUACGCUAACAACACACAAGAAAAGCAAUCGCUGCAAGACGCCCACACAGAGCAGUAGUACGAGAAAUAGCUGUAGCAUAUCGUGAUUAUUCUCGCACAUUUCACUUCGGAGUAAGAACUUCAUUACGACGAAAGUGAAACGUUUCUAGAACUCUAUUCAAAUAUUAUGAAAAGACUACGCUAACCGCGACUGGCAGGUGGAAACAAUGUUAAUGUACUGAAUGUUGUCGUUUUUUGUAUAAUACAACACCAAACAACAACUGAAAAAUGGAGAGAAGAGAAACAAGACAUUGGAUGCGAUAUGAAAUGAAAACAAAAAUGAAAAUAGCUUUUAAAUUAUUUUUUCACAAAGAAAUACAUAUAUUGAUUACGAUACAAAGAUGAAAUGAUUUCUCUACUAUGUAAUGAUAAAUUAUUAUAAAAACGCUAGCACGUAAGGAAUAUAACAAGCAAGAAAACAUCAAAAAUUGAACGUAUAUAUUAUUACGACUAAGCAACAUGUUACAAAUAUUACAGAGAGAAGUGAGAUAAAUUUCUUUUUGACUUUUUAUUCGCACAUUUUUAUAUGAAAUGUAAGAAAAGCUAAAAGUAUUCUUCUAUACUCAAACGUUUACGCUCCACAAACACAACACCCAAGCAAUGGAUUCAAGACGAUAAAUUUUCUAGUGAGAAAGGCUUCUGUUAAUAUUAUUCACAAAAAUAUUAAUCACAAAGAACUACUUCACUGUAUUUCGGUAGAAUUUCAAUCUGCUCUUCUGCUGCAAAGCUUUCUGUGCCAUUCUGCGAAAAUGUUUAAUAAAUGCAUUAGUUGUUCUGGAUUUCCAGUAAACCAGUUUCGAAUAAUGGACCAAACACUACCCUCUCCCUUUCUUUGUUCCGAAACAGAGAGAAAAUAUCAAUAAUCGGUUUCAAUUCUCAUGAAAACUUGUUCAACUGAAUUCCUUCGAUUUCUCAGUUUUUAUAAAAACAUAAAACCAAAAUUUUCAAUGUAACUACCCUUCUUAAUUGGUGACUUUUUGUUAGAGUAUAAUUCCAGUCACUGCAAGAAAAUUGAAAGAAUUCCUUUUUUGUUAGAAAAUUUGAACACACUUUAUUGUGAAUUAUGAAUGAGUACAUGAAAUGAUAAAAAAUCUAUUUAAAAAAACGUGAAAAAAGUAAACUAUUAUUUAAUGUAAUUUAAAUAUAUCAAGUCAAAUUUUGAAUAAUUUUUAAUAUCGACAUAUUUGAGUAUAAUCGAUAUCUUGUGAUCUUAUUUUUACCGUUUUUUAUGUAAAUAAAGAGAAAAUAAAUUAACAUUUUUAAU